UCUGUCAGUACACUCGACCCUUCACUGCUAAGGACUUGGCAUUGAGUCUCAGACUCUCAAGGCUCAUUCACAGAUAAUGAUGGAGGAAAAUUUGGUGCACAACGAGAGUGUGGAGGAGGAAGAAGAAGAGUAUGUAUUGCUGAAUCUGGAUGAGGUUAGAGGCCAAGUUGAUAUCCCACCAAAUGCCCCAUAUGUUCUAUCCGGUCUAGACACGCCAAACCCAAUAUUGGUUAUAGGCGACAGCUUGAAGCUGAUUGGGGAAUAUGAAGAAACAAUUGGUACAUGCUUGGUUUUCUCAGAAGGCCGUAAGUGUGGUUCCUUACCCAAGAAAAUAGGCCACCCCUGUGGUUCAUGAAGAGACGGGACCAUCUGAAGCAAAUCUUUUUUCAGGCACAUUCAUAAUAGAUCCUAAUCAAGCUCCAGCCAAGGAAGUUAAACCGAUUGCUAGCCUCCAGAAGAUUUUGAGGUUUAGACUAUUACACGAAGGUGAUGUUCAAGAUGCAACUUCUGAACCUGUUGAUAUUUGAACACUGUCUCAAUACCCAUUACUUGUUAUCAGUUAUCUAAAGUCAAUCUUGAGUUUAUGUGAAAA